UUAAGCCGCAGAGCUAGCGGGGGUUACAGCGCCUCUGGAGCCUCCGUUUGGGGUUUAGGGAAAUAGAGACCGUUUUAUAUCGGUGGAAACAGGCAGCAGACUGGUCAUGUGUGUUUCCUUCUCAUAUUUAGCCGUAGUGCCCUUUCUUGCCCAGACUACGUUUUCCCGUCAUAGACAGUAGCGCAGCAGUCGGGAUCGACUCUUCUUGACCUCUCUGGCGCUCCGUCUGGAGGAACUAGGGAACGUCAGUUUUGCCCCGCCCACGCCCGGGCAGAAGUCCGCUGCCAUGGCGACACUGCUGCUCCGGUUCCUGCGUCCCUCCUGGCGACUCCCGGGUGGUUCCUCGCCUGUUGCGGAUGUACCCUUCCGGGCCGGGAUCCAUGGCACCAACCUGUUGUACCCGGACCAUAUUCCCACCUCCCCGCUGCAGAAGGCGCUGCUAGCCGCCGGCUCGGCUGGAAUGGCGCUCUACGACCCGUAUCGCCACGACAUGGUUGCAGUUCUAGGGGAGACCACAGGCUACUACACCCUGAAGGGCCUCAGGAACCAGAUGAGGAGGGAUCCAGAGGGUGCCCAGAUCCUACAGGAGCGUCCCCGAAUCUCACUGGCCACCCUCGACAUGGGCAAGCUCCGGAGCCUGCCUGAAGGCUCCCUUGGCCGCGAGUAUCUCCGUUUCCUGGAAGUGAACAGGGUCUCCCCGGACACCCGAGUGCCCACCCGCUUUGUGGACGAUGAGGAGCUAGCCUACGUGAUCCAGCGGUACCGGGAGGUCCACGACAUGCUCCACACCCUGCUGGGGAUGCCCACCAACAUCCUGGGGGAGAUCGUGGUGAAAUGGUUCGAGGCUGUGCAGACAGGCCUGCCAAUGUGCAUGCUGGGUGCGCUCUUUGGACCUGUCCGCCUCAGUGCUCGGGUGGCAUUUGGAGAAAAAUAAUACUGGCAGGACCUACCACUGAUGGUUCCAACACCACCUGUGAGGCCCUGCCCAUGUCUGCCUAGACGCUUCCGUUCUCCAUCUAAUAAACCAUGUGAGCCUUCACCCGCUUCCCCAGCACACACCAGGCUCCCUCCUGCCUUGAGGAACAGCACUGUUUCCCAGCUUGUUACGUGGUCAGCUGUUUGUCACAUCUGUUCAAAUGCCAC